UGAAAAGCACCUUGAUGGCAGAGAAGGCAGCAUCACGGGGGACCCUGUGUCGGCUCUGGUCGCUGCCCCGGAGGCGCCGGGGGACCAUGGGACACCUGAAGCCAGAUGAGAUCAUGCACCAGGACAUCGUCCCGCUCUGCGCCGCCGACAUCCAGGACCAACUGAAGAAGCGUUUUGCGUACCUGUCGGGUGGACGGGGACAGGACGGAAGCCCAGUCAUCACCUUCCCUGACUACCCAGCCUUCAGCGAGAUCCCAGACAAGGAGUUCCAGAAUGUCAUGACCUAUCUCACCAGUGUCCCCAGCUUGCAAGAUGCUGGCAUCGGGUUCAUCCUGGUCAUAGACCGAAGGCGGGACAAAUGGACCUCUGUGAAGGCGUCAGUUCUGCGGAUAGCAGCGUCCUUCCCGGCAAACCUACAGCUUGUCCUUGUUCUUCGCCCAACGGGAUUUUUCCAAAGGACUCUCUCUGACAUCGCUUUCAAAUUCAAUAGAGAUGACUUUAAGAUGAAGGUUCCGGUCAUAAUGCUGAGCUCAGUGCCAGAUCUGCACGGCUACAUCGACAAGUCACAGCUGACCGAGGACCUUGGGGGGACCCUGGAUUACUGCCACACCCGGUGGCUGUGCCACCGCACAGCGAUCGAGAGCUUUGCUCUCAUGGUUAAGCAGACGGCCCAGAUGCUGCAGUCCUUUGGGACCGAGCUGGCCGAGACGGAGCUGCCCAAUGACAUCCAGUCAACAAGCUCGGUGCUCUGCGCACACACAGAGAAGAAGGACAAAGUGAAGGAGGACCUGAGGCUGGCACUGGAAGAGGGCCGCAGCGUCCUAGAGAGCCUCAGGACUCCUCUGGCCGAGGGCCUGGAGCACAGUGUGAACCAGGACCAGCUGGACAACCAGACCACCGUGCAGAGGCUCCUGGCCCAGCUGAAUGAGACUGAGGCUGCCUUUGAUGAGUUUUGGGCAAAACAUCAGCAGAAGCUCCAGCAGUGUCUGCAGCUGCGGCAUUUCGAGCAGGGUUUCCGUGAGGUCAAAGCUGCCUUGGAUGUGGUGUCCCAGAAGAUUGCAACCUUCACCGACGUUGGCAACAGCCUGGCGCACGUGGAGCACCUGCUGAAGGAUCUCAGCAGCUUUGAGGAGAAAUCCAGUGUGGCCAUGGGAAGGGCCCGGGCUCUGUGUCUGGAUGGUGAGCAGCUUAUUGAGAACAAGCACUAUGCUAUCGACUCAAUCCGCCCCAAGUGUGAGGAACUCCGGCACCUCUGUGACCAGUUCACAGCUGAGGUUGGGAGGAGACGGGGGCUACUCACCAAGGCCCUGGGACUGCAUAGCCUCCUGGAGACGUCCAUGAAGUGGUGUGACCAGGGGAUCUACCUGCUGGCCUCGCAGCCUGUGGACAAGUGCCAGUCCCAGGACGGGGCUGAAGCAGCCCUGCAGGAAAUUGAGAAAUUCUUGGAGACUGGUGCAGAAAACAAGAUCCAGGAGCUCAGUAACAUUUAUAAGGAAUAUGAAUCCAUCCUCAACCAAGACCUGAUGGAACACGUGCGGAAGGUCUUCCAGAAGCAGGAGAGCAUGGAGGAGAUGUUCCACCGCAGACAGGCCAGCCUGAAGAAGCUGGCGGCCAAGCAGACACGGCCUGUGCAGCCUGUGGCCCCCAGACCGGAGGUGCUGACAAAGUCACCCUGCCCCUCACCAGGUAUGAGGCGAGGUUCUGAGAACUCCAGCUCUGAGGGCAGCACACUGCGGAGAGGGCCCUACCGGAGAGUCAAGAGCGAGAUGAGCGGGAGCCGACAGGGCCGGAGCAGCUCUGCUGGGGAUGAGGAAGAGAGCCUGGCCGUCCUGCGCAGGCACGUGAUGAACGAGCUGCUGGACACAGAACGGGCCUAUGUGGAAGAGCUGCUGUGCGUCCUGGAGGGCUACGCAGCCGAGAUGGACAAUCCUUUGAUGACACAUCUCAUUUCAACAGACCUUCACAACAAGAAGGACAUUCUAUUUGGAAACAUGGAAGAAAUCUAUCACUUUCACAACAGGAUCUUCCUGAGGGAGCUGGAAGGCUACGUGGACUGCCCGGAGCUGGUGGGCAGGUGCUUCCUGGAGCGGAUGGAGGACUUCCAGAUCUAUGAGAAGUACUGUCAGAACAAGCCGCGCUCGGAGAGCCUGUGGCGCCAGUGCUCUGACUGCCCGUUCUUCCAGGAGUGUCAGAGGAAGCUGGACCACAAGCUGAGCCUGGAUUCCUACCUGCUGAAACCAGUCCAGAGAAUUACCAAGUACCAGCUGCUGCUCAAGGAGAUGCUCAAGUACAGCAAGAGCUGUGAGGGGGCUGAAGGGCUGCAGGAGGCACUCAGCUCCAUCCUGGGCAUUCUCAAGGCUGUGAACGACUCCAUGCACCUCAUCGCCAUUACCGGCUAUGACGGCAACCUGGGCGACCUGGGCAGGCUGCUCAUGCAGGGCUCCUUCAGCGUGUGGACAGACCACAAGAGGGGCCACACCAAGGUAAAGGAGCUGGCCAGGUUCAAGCCCAUGCAGCGGCACCUGUUCCUGCACGAGAAGGCCGUGCUCUUCUGCAAGAAGAGGGAGGAGAAUGGCGAGGGCUAUGAAAAGGCACCGUCCUACAGCUAUAAGCAGUCCCUGGAUAUGACUGCUGUCGGCAUAACGGAGAACGUGAAGGGGGACGCCAAGAAGUUUGAGAUCUGGUACAACGCCAGGGAGGAGGUCUACAUCAUCCAGGCACCAACCCCUGAAAUCAAAGCAGCCUGGGUGAACGAGAUCCGGAAGGUGCUGACGAGCCAGCUGCAGGCUUGCAGAGAGGCCAGCCAGCACCGUGCGUUGGAACAGUCCCAGAGCCUGCCCCUGCCUGCCUCGUCUAACACCAGUCCCUUGCAGGGGAACACAAGAAACAUCAAAAAGCUGGAAGAGAGGAAAACUGACCCCCUGAGCCUGGAAGGCUAUGUCAGCCCAGCACCAUUGCCAAAGCCCCCCGAGAAGGGCAGAGAUGAUGUGGUCACUAGCUCUACCUCAGAAAGCUCUGCGCUUUCCCGAAAGCGCUUUACCCUGCAGGGCCUUGCUAACAUCAAAGGUCAGAAAGCUUCUCCCACCAGUCCUGACAAAAAAGCCAAGCGGCACGAAGUAAAGAGUGACCCGACUCCCUUUGGUUUGCGAGGUUGGAGCAAGACACUCCCCUCACCAGAGGCCCCUAUGGACGAUGGGGAGUGGUCCAGUGCAGAGGAGCCUGUCAACUCCUCCGAUGCAGAGGAAGAUGUUAGCAGCCCCCCAAAGAAGCUGGUUCUGGGCACACACGCGGUUGUGGUGGGCCAUGAGGAGGGCGGCCCUGACACCCUGGCUGUGAGGAGCGGGAACACAGUGGAGCUGAUCCAGGAGGGUGACGAAGGCCGGUGGUUUGUCCGGGACCCGAGCACAGGCAAGGAGGGCUGGGUGCCGGCCAGCAGCCUGUCUGCCCCUCUUGGCAAAUCCAGCUCGACCCAGUGCCUGAGCAGCUCAGAGUCCAGCCCGGGGUCGGCCGUGCUAAGCAACUCCUCAAGCUGCAGUGACAGUGGCCAGGCCCCCUUCGCUGACCUACAGGGCUAGGCCGGCUGUGGACAAUCAGGCCGCAGUGCAGGAGACCAACAUGCGAACCCCUACGUUUUCUUUCUCUUGGGCUUGCUUAGUUUGGUGAGAGGACAGUGCUCUAAGAUGUCCUAAAAGGGAGGACCCUAAUCGCCCCACAUGAGCCACAAAGGCGGCUGGGGCCAGGGCCAGACACUAGAC